AAAAACCCAAGGCGGCUAGAAUGCUGCUCUGUGGACAAGGCAGUCGCCUCGUUCCACGGUCUCCGGGUAAGCUCUGUACCGUUUCGACCCAACGGUUUGGGCAACGAACCAUGUGGGAUCCGUGCGUCAAGGUCGAGGGCACCAGAGGGCCCAGAAAGUCGAGCAGCCGAAGGCUGUUUGUGUUGUUCGGGCAGCUAAAGCUGCUGUAGUCGGUCG